UGACAUUACAACACGAAGACAAUCAUUAUAGCCCUCGAAGUCGAACUAAAGAGUGUCGUUCGGUUAUUCGUUAUUACUCGGACACAAUGAUCACUGCACAACCUAUAGUCGUUCUUCAGAAAAUGCCGAGAUGAUUUAUCUAAAGACUGUGGGCAGAUGGUAAGUCUAUAUCCCGAUACAAUUAUAAGAUAAAUGUAAACAGUAUAUAUAUAGGACAUCGUGAUUGCCAUGCCGCAAGUAAUCUGAAAGCACGAGGCGGUUAGCGGCUGUAUUCGUCGAUUACCGUUUGUCUGAUCAUUUUUUGUUUUUACUAUAUACAUCACAAUUCUGGGAACAAGUUCCAUAACUGAUACUUCAAUACCCUUUAACGGGGUUCACGACGUCAGCAUGCAACUGGGCAAACACAAUCGGUCAUGGCAAUGAUGAGAAAAAACACUGUCUCAUCGAUAAUAAGAAUACUAUGCAGUGUCCCUAGCAUAAUCAUAUAAUAUUGUAAUACUCUAUUGUAUAGUUAUUGUGUUUGUCCAAUUGGCAACGGAUGCGGCCGCGAACCGGCCCGAAAAGCUGGGAAAGGUGUAUCUGAUAAUCUUGAAUUUCUGCCGCUGCAAUGUCAACAUAUAUCACACAAAUUUAAUGUAGAACAUGCUACAUCCUAAUCCUAGAUCAUAACUACCUACGAAGAGGUUCAAACUGUACUCAUAAAUUUGCUUUUGUUCUGAAUAGUACGUGUUGGCUUUCGAUUUGGGUGACAAUUACGACUACGAGAUUCCAGGCGUUGUUUGCAUAUUCUCGCCGGCUUCUGAUUCAACCACGGCAAAGGUUGCAUUGAGUGAUUAGUGUGAUUCUAUUGAGUAUUGAAUUCUUACACCUUUUGUACAAUUACAGUCAGUACGGAACUAAUUUCUAUACUCGCUGGUGAAGCGAAAUUUGUUUUCGCAAAGCCUAAUUUUUUCUUUACUGCAUGCGCAUGCACUUAAUUCAGUAGUCGUGCGAAAUGUUUCGUAAGCGCUCGUGGAAUCAGACCUUAAGUCUUAACGCCAUUCCAUCACGCACGGCGUAAUCUCGUAGUAUAGAUGCUUUCUUCAAAAAUCCCGUUGUCAAUACUGUUGGCCAUACACGGCGGCUACAAGAUUUGCAAGGUGUCAGUAUAUACAAGCAUGCAUGGCGUAUAUAUUAAUAUAUAUACCUGUAUAUAUCAAAUGUUUUGUUAUUGCAGUAUAUUGAAGAGUGCUCGACACAAAAAUUUGUAGACGGCAAUAUUUAUGGUGUACGCGCGUAUCCAAAUAUACGAUAUUAUAGUCAAAUUUAUUAUAGCUAUAUUCGUCAGUCGAAUAUACUCGUGAGUCGUUGUCAAAACUGUCAAAUCUAUUAUUUAUUCACAAAACAUUCUUGGAACAAAAGUACAGAGGGCAACGGCUUCACAAACAGAGUAAUGCUUUUUGUUUUUCUCAAUGGAAAACUAUAUACCGGCAGGUGCAUGUCCCGCAGAGGACAAAGCUAGGACCCUGUUUUUUUAGGCAUGACAAAUGAGUUCGACUUUGCUGGCGACGUGAGUCUUUGGAAAUACGUUGGCGACUCAACUAUGUCUGAAUAGUAAAUAAAGAUCAUGAAUCAAGUGCAAUCCAAGAUUAUCAGUUAAUGAUUCGCCUCGAAGUCUGCGAGUGAUGGUUUGCACUUAAAAGAAUCUAAACGUAAAGAACUUCGUAUUAGCUUUUCAACUACGAACGCCGAUUUCGACUAACCUUGUCAUUGGCAAUGACAGUUUUUCUCGUGCGCAAAAGUGCUAAGGCUAUCCGUCUUAAAUGGAAAGAACGUAUGCAAAACGGUUUUAGCUUUGCUUACAUUUUUUGAGACAAUUGAAACAAGCUAAAUUACCACCAAAGGACUCUUCUUUUCUUCCAUAUCAUAAGCGUUGCAGGAUAAUUUUUUUCAGAGUUGCAGGAUAUAAUUUUUCCUGAACAUCGGUAUGAAGAUGCACUUAAUGAACUAUAUGUCUAAUUAUAUGUCACUAUUCGACCGAAGACAAAACCUGACAACUAAACAUUUUGAAAACAUUCGUUAUGAAUGAUCCACAAAACAAAUUGCAUCAUUUUUUUAUCGCCAUUAUAAAUUAUAAACUGUUCUGUGGUGUCUCUAAGAGAAAGAAGAACGUACGUUUCAAGUCCCGAACUGCAAAACGAUAAGAUUUAAAAACAUUUUAUUAAUUGUAAUUCUACGGCAACAUAUACCCAAUGUGUUUUUAUUACGAUUGUUAAAUACCCCUGUAAAAGCAGGUUGUACGUUAUUCAGUCGAAGUAUAGUUAUUACUAUGCCUAUAUGCAUGGCUAGUGGGAGGUACAAUUUUAAUUGUAAUAACUUAAAAGUUAUUAAAUCAUCUAUCUGACCUCUUCCCAUGCAUGCAUGUUCAAAAUAAUUUUUAAGAGGUUAAUAGUUAACAUUAACGUACACCGCCCAUAAGUGUUCAGAAAUUAUACAUACCAUGGCACAAAGAGUGUUUCAUAUAUAGUAUGUCGUGCCACUCGUAUGUCACGUGCUGUGUCCUGAGUAAUUAAAAGUCGUGGGUCGCAAAAAAUGCACUAAAAUCACGCAUUUUUGUGAAACGAUUCAGUAUUGUUCACUUAAAUCAUGGAUCAUAAAAAUACAACGAAAACAUCACGCAUGAUGUUUUCGGCGUACUGCACGAGAUGUCGUCUCAAUUUCAGUGUUGAAAUUAUUCAGGUUUAGCAAUAAUACAGAGUAUUUUAGUAAAAAAUCUUAAGAAUACAUUCAUGCUACUUUACGCUGGAAUUUUGUUGAUCAUUUUCAGCCAGAACAUAUUCAACAAAUUUCAAUUAUAUCAACAGAUUUUUUGUGAUGUCAAUUCAUGAUUAUAAAAAAUUUAAAACAAAGAUGAACAACAUUUACCUUCGAUCAACACUUUGGCUUGGUACAGGUUUUAAAAGACAAUGAAACCAUCAUGAAUCUCAACAUAGCUAUACUUGAAUGCGAUAAGUAUAGGAAACUACAGCAAAGAAAAACGCAGUACGUAUAGACACAGGAUAGAGACAUAUAGAAGGUCGACUAUAUGAUUUUGGCGUUAACCGUUGCAAUACCACAGAUUAAUUAAUAUACAGAGGUCAGUUGGGCUUAGUGGGCUAGGACCAUAUGGCUAGGACCACGGCAGCAGCAUUUUGAUGACAAAUCAUUGCGGUGUGGCAGCGGUUACGCUUUUUUGGCUGAGUUGACCUUUGUGCGUCUUUAUUCUGUAUGUGACGUAGAAUUAAUUACAUACUUUAUUCGUUGUCGAUGACAUCACAAAUUUCAAAAAGGUCACGUCUCUUCGCGUCAGCCGUUUCCAAUCUUCCUAUCCAUUUUUUCUAUCCAAAUUCCUACCUGAUUACAAUUAACUAUUACAUUAAUUAUUAUAUUAACUAUAUACAAGUACAGAGACAGAACCGACAUAAUGCAAAGGGCUCGUCACGAGAAAAUAACAUGCCCUAAAACGACUGAAUCUUCGUCGAUAACUGUUAUUUAUGAAUGACAUUUCUUAAUUAAUUAACAUUUCUGUAUAGGAUAAACAGCAUCCGAGGGCAUUAUCUGACAUAAAUGGCAUAAAUCGAGCCGGUUUAUCGUGCUUAAUUUAUUCAUGAUUGAGGCUGAACAAAGUUUUGUCUGUUUCGUCUGCUUUGAAUGACGAUUUUUUGAGCUUUCAUAUUUUCAGCUAAUUAAUAUUCAAGGUAAUUAUCGCUGGCCACCUCCAAAUCACCUAGUCCCAGUCUUCUCGUGUGAAAUAAUAAAAAAUAUUAAAUAUUAUAAUAAAAAAAUUAUAAAAAUAGAAGGCCUAGGUUUAGGCUAAUCACCUCGGUACAUCAAAGAAAACCGACUCAUUCAUGAAUUAAGAUAUUUGCUCUUAUUUUGAUCGGAUUCCGACGCAUGUUUGUUUAUUACAAAACAGCAAAUUCAUUCGUCAUGUAUUUUAAUAAUCCUGCCUAAGAUUCAGACGCAUUCCGGCAUUACGAAUUUUAUAUUGCGAUAAACCUUGACGUUUAUCAGGGCUUUUCGUAAGAUGUUAGCCGCGGCACUUUAAGUGAUCUGGUGAAUGUCAAUCCAUGAAGAUGUGGUAGGCUGGUAGCUAUCAGCUAUUUGAGUAUACCAUAGUUGCUAUCUGAAAAUUAUUUACCUGUACAUGAGUAACAUAACGUAUUAACGUUGGGGAGCAUCCCCCUACAAAACAAAAAGCCUCUCCGACGGCAGGAGGCAGGGAGAUCCUGUUAUUAUGUUAUAUAUUCCUAUCUUAUAGGAAACAAAUUGAAAUAGAAAGGACACAACGCAUUGAGACCAUUCUCACCAUUAUCCAAAAAGUCAACUUUAGGAAUAUAUCAUAUUAUUAUAUAUGCCCAAUUAACUCGCUCCUACGUAACGGGUGAAGUCAUUUGGCAUGAGCGGGCUCCAGUUGUCAUCGAUGCCAGUUGCUCAUGAGAGUAAGAUAGAUGCGUAUAUAAGCUUGAAAGUUACUUGUCCAUCAUCAUAUCAUGAAAUCUGUUGUAGUAUACUUUUUCAAAAUAAAGGGCUGAGAGAUUGUUCUCGGAGGAGCCGUCACACCAUCACGAGUUGCGCUCAUGGUAACUCGGUUUCUUCUGCGAUCUAUAUUCUUAGUACUCAUCGCCAUAUUUUUUUUUUUUUGUAUGACAGAAAUAAUUAAUACUUCAUUUAGAGUAAAUUCCUGAAAAACAACUUUGAAGAAUUGAAAAACACACAAAAAUGAAUGGUACCGUUGGUUCAUACGAGAACUUAUCUCGGAAAACAAGUCGACAUAGUAAUGAUGAAUUGAAAGUUUACCAAGAAAUGAUGGCAGAAAGCAUGUUAAGUAAGUGAAGACAAUGGAAACAAAACAUUAGAGUAAUGUUGUAGAAAGUCUUAGCGCUUUACUAUGUAACAACAGGAAAUGUUGGUUAUACUUUCAGUGCUAGUAAAGAGAGUCUCCCAGGGGUUUUUCCCUUAGUAAAGAAUUAUGUAAUAAGUUUAUUAUUCCUUUCCCAAGACCUUUUACCCCAAGCCACCGUCUCUCACCUCGUAAUUUCUCGCGCAUGGAGUUAGUUCUUUUGUUCGUUCUUUAAUUUCUGUUGAGAAGGUAGCCCUGCCUUGCAGUUGCAUCAUUAUUUCCUUGUUCGAAUUCUGUUUCAGGCGGGGGAUCGUCAUCGCACGUAAACGAGGCUCUUCACGCUGUAGUGGAGAACAAGUUACAUGAAACUGCACUGUCGGAAAGUAACAACAGUGUGUUGGAAAGAAAUCGUGCUCUACUUCAAUACAUUGCAACAUUAGCGAACUCGAACAAAAAGAAUGAUCAUUUUAACUAUGAAUUCGUGGAAUCUCUAAUUAAAGGUGGCGCUAAUAUCAACAUUGCUGAUCAACAUGGACAAUCAAUAUUUCACGAGGUUGCACGAUCUUGGAAUGUUGAUGUUGUAAAAUUUCUUCUGGAGCAUGGUGAGUAGUACAGUAUAAAACCACUAGUGCAUUUAUGAUACAUGCCUGCAAGAUAUGCUGCAUGGCUUGCUACUCUGGCUUAUAUAAGUACGAAUGGUUUGUGCCAGUCUAGGUAGGGGCGAUAACAAAACAGCUGCGAAUUGAGAGAGAAACAACUAACUUAAAAAUACAAGCAGAACUUCGACGUUUCGGACGAGUCGAAUUUUUCAAGUAGUUGUAUCUCUCUCAACCCGCAGCUGUCCCCUGACUUAUAUGUAACAAAUGAAAUCCUUCAAUGAUUGAUUUAAUUCGUUGGAUUAAUGUAUAUUAAACCAGAGAAGCAAGCGAAAUAGCGAAAUAAUGUCUGAUGUGUACAUGGUUGUCGUAUACACUUCCAUUAUGCUAAAGGCUGGUAUUAGUCGGGAGUUUUUUACGCAUGUAUACGCAUAAAAUCAAUUUAAUUUUGCUGGUGCUGUUUAUGCCUAUGUACAUGCACCAUGUGCUGUAGUGCUGCACUGACUUAAGGACUUUUCCAAUCUGCGGAAAGCACUGCGUCACAAAAUUAUGAGAGCAAAAUGAUGUACUUUUUAAUUGCAAAAAUUCGUGACUGUCCCAAUUACCAGAUUAAAAAAGUGGCAUGUCAAUGCGUAUUAUGAAUUGCGACCGGCUUUACAUCAGUUCUGCUGCAAUUGCAUUUACACUUUAUUCCGGGUUUUGACCAUGUACUGUAUUUGAGACUGACAAUCUCGAUUCUCUAGAUUUAUAUAAAUUCACCAAAACAAUUCAUAAUAAACUAGCAUCAUAAACAGGUGCAGAAAUAAACAAGCAAGACAGUUUUGGUCGAACACCUCUACACGUCGCAGUCUCAGUGGACUUUGCUUCAAUGGUGGAAUUUCUGUUACAAAAUGAUGCAGAUAUUGAUGCCAGAACAUCGGGUGAAUUACAAGGUCCAAUUCAUUAUGCGGCAAAGAAUGGUGCUGCUAAGUCGCUCAAGCUGUUGCUGGGAUAUCAAGCGAAUAUUGACUCGCUAGAUUACAGGCAGCGAACCCCAUUACAAGUAAGUACAUUCCUGUGAAUUCUACUUGAAGGAUAUAUAUAGGAUAUAUAUUGAUUAUCGAUAUUUCAGUUUGUUACAAGGUUGAUAAAAGCACCAAACUUUCUUCAAACCUUCAACUGGUUAUCACAAAGAAAAAAAUGACAAUUUUUUAAAUUUCAACUACAGCAAAAUGGCUAGCAAGAACGUACGAAAAGUAGCCUAAUAAUAUAUUUCGCCCCUUCAUACGUCUUACUGAUCAUGACUAAUUGAACAUUUAAAUUCUUAGAUAUAAUGGAACUGCGCAUGCGGCAUGACAAUGCGCAUUGGGUCAUUCCAGAAAACAUCCAUACCACCCCCACGGAGGAAAUUUGACGUUAACCCCCCUACCCCCUUCGGAUGUCCUAAUACAUUUACCAUUAUCAGAAACAAUUUUAUCUCCCCUUCCCCUCCGGACGGCAGAAAUUUCCUCCGUGGGGGGAGUGUGGAUCUUUUAUGGAACGACCCAUUAUGAAUUUUCUGAACUUUCAAUCGUUAAGAGUGAACUUCAAGGUAUAUCUUGAAAGUAUAGAAAACUUGCAUUACAGCUUUAACAAUAGUUAGUGUACAGCGAGUACUGUUGCUAAUCUAACUCAAAACGUGGCAGACCAUCAGGGUUACAUUUUGGCUUAUUACGCAGGUUUAGUCCUUUGUUGGAUCGUUUCGGCCGAGAACGUAAGCCGCAAAGAAACAACAAAAAGCAUCAACUAGCCAGGAACGUAAACGAGAGAAAGUAGGUAGGGGAAAAUUUAGGUCUGACGGUCAAUGUCAGAUUAUUUUUUUUCUGUGCAUAGCUCUGGGCAGAAAGAGUUUUUCUAUCAGUUUAAAGUUGCUUUCUAGUCAUGUUUUUCGACGUACGUACACGUGUGGAUACACACAUUCUUACAUAUGUUAAUAAAAGUUUAGCCGUAAAUUUAUUUCUAAAGUUACACCUUUUCCCACGCAUUACCAUGUGGAAAAACACCAGUAUUAAGGACGCAACAUUUAACCAUGUCUUUCAUUAUUUCUGCAGCUGGCUGCGGAAUGGUCACGUGAUAAGACAGCAAAAAUAUUGAUUGACGAAGGUGCAUCCUCAUGUCUGCUCGAUACAUCCGGAAAUUCAGCCUUGUCAGUUCUUAUCGACAAACUACCACAUCUCUCAUUGGAAGCUCUCAAUCAACUGCACAUGACAGAUAUCAUAACAAUGAAGGAGUUUUACUACAUAAAUUUCCUUGAGGCAUCUCGUAUGAAACUUGAAACAAAGAAAACCCGAACUCCUCUUGAAACUGCUGUUGUAACAAGAAAGUUUGAAGUGGUUUCUCACCCAGUCAUGCAACGCUUGAUUCAUAAUAAAUGGAUGUAUUUUGGAAGAACGGCGACAAUUUUGGAUUUAUGUUUUUAUAUAGUAUUUAAUAUACUGUGGACAGCAAUGUCGAUGCUAACUCCUCCCACUGGUCAAGAAUUAUACGAACCAUUAAGUCAAAACAUUUGGCGAGUCGUGCUAAUGUUUGUUAUUGGAAUCAUGAUUAUUUAUCAAGUCGGAAGGCAAGUUAGAGGUAGGUUUUAUAUAUUCUUUGAAGUCUUUCAUGUCCAAAUUGUUUUCCAGUGAGCGGUUACAGUUUAAUACUGCCUCGUUCCCUUUAUUGGGAUGUUGCAUUUAAAAGAUACUUUACAUGUGUUUUAGACAGACCUGCUGGAAAAAUGAUUUAUUUCUAAUAUAUAAUAAUAGCCGCAUGCCGUCAGGGAGUCAAGAAUACAUUUUUCUUUUAGCCAUCGUGUGUCAUCCUGGUUGGAAGUAAGUUUCGGACUUUCAAAUCAUCGUCAGUGUCACUGUCAUUUACUCAGUGAAGUUCAAAAGUGAAGGGGAAAGGGAGGGGGAGGGGAAGAACAGAACAUUUCAAUACAAGCAAAACAUUUCUGAAAACGAUGCAUACAGCCAGAAGGUGGCAGAAAAAUACAAGAUGCACAUUACUUCCCCCUUCACAUUUCUAAUGGGCCGUCACUUCUAUUUUUUGACAAUUACUGAACAAAAUUUAGUAAUACUAUACUCUCAACUCCGUUCUCAACCAUAUUCUCAAUCAUGGUCUAUAACAAAUCCUGCAUUCUGAUUGGCUACUUAAACAUGGACCAUUACGUGAGGAACCAGGGUUGAGAGAAAAGAAGGUUUCAAAAUCUUGUAAUGGCUUUGGUCAUGUUUUAUAAAAAAUCCUUUAUAUUUUUGCACAGCAACCUUGAAGACUGUUAGAGCAAAAUCCCACUGGAUCAAAUGGCAGACUGAGAAACUACAAGAAGAUCUAACACACUGCCAUCCACGAUGGCCUCAGGAAGCAAAAGCAAUAAAGUACGAAAUCAAAAGAAUUAAUAAACUGAAAGGAUUCAGUGCAGAAGAUGCAUGGUUUUACUACGAUUGGAUCGUUUUGAUCAUCAUGAUUACUGCACUUGCUCUGCAUGUUGUUUACUACAAAGUUGCAAAUGAUGACAUAAGAUAUGUAUAUACUAGGAUUCUUAGUAUUGCCAAUCUUGUUGUAUCCCUUCGUUUACUUGAAAAUAUGAGACCAUUUCCAGGGAUCGGUACCCUUGUCAUAAUCCUUGGUCAAACUAGUGGUGAUUUUAUCAACUGGGCAUUCUUGUUUAUUCUAAUUUUCGUUCCAUUUUCUGCAUCAUUCUGGAUCAUUUUCGGCAGCCUGUCACUGAAACCUGUAUUGCAUUAUGAUGAAACUACCGGUUUAUUGUACUCUGUCUUCAGAAUGGCCGUUGGUGACGAUUUCAAUUUGGAAGGAUUGGUUGAAGCAGAACCUGUUAUGGCUCGUAUCUUGACAGUUAUGUAUGUCACAGCAAUGACAAUUGUCACACUCAAUUUACUUAUUGCGUUAUUAUCAGAUACCUUUACACGAGUACAUGGUAAUGCAAUAGCGAACACGAUCAUGCAGAGAGCCAUCAGAGUGAUUGGAGCCGAACGAGCUUUAACUAAAAAGAAGAAACUGAACUAUCGGGAAUACAUAAAAAUGAACUGCAGUCCAGAGAUCAUUGAUAGUGUUGUCGAUGUUGCUGCUCCAGAAAGUGUCGCAAGCUCAAAAGAACUAACCACCGACAUGACGACAUUAAAGCAACUUCUUGAUGAUAGAUUUGCAAAAGUUUACGGAAAGAAUAAAGUCUCAGAUUUUGAUAAACUUAAAAAUGAUAUCAGCGAGAUAAAAGAGCAGCAGAGAAAGGACUAUGAUAACUUAACAGCAAUACUGAGAAUGUUAAAGCGGUUACGAGGUAAACAUGGUAUAAUUAUUAUUCAGGUGACCCUGACUUACUUUUGUUAAGAUUUAAGCAGUGGGAAAUACCGUUUAAUAUGCAGGUUUAAAAUUAUAUUUUUAAAUGGUUUCCCCCCUCUUUCGAAGUCUUCAAUUUGCGAUCGUCCUUGUCGCCAGUAGUGGACACAAGGGGGUGGGGGGAUGGGCGUGGGCAACUACCACCAAUAAUUUCUGAAAGCUUUUAAUAGUGGCUGAAUAAUCAACCGUGUAGCAAAGCUGUUACGAUACUUUUACAAUCAUGAAAGUAUUGGUAAGUUGACACCUCAUCAUUUGCUAUACUUAUCAUGCAAAUGGACCAUAUAUUACAUACAUUUACAUAUAUGAUUGUGCUGAUUGUGUAUUAUAUUACAGGUGGCGGGCCAGACGACAAAGUUCCAGGAAGUUCCUCGCCAAAUAAGCAAAGAGAAACGAAAGUCCAAAUUCCAGGUUUAAGUAUUUUCAGAGAAAGCAUCCACUGGCUUUCAGACGGAGAUGAACGUGGAGACAAGCGGAAAAAGAAACGACUACAAGAAGAUGACAAACACAGAAAAGGUGUACAUAAAAGAAAAGAUAAAAAACGUGAAAGAAAAAGUGACAUUCCAGAAACUUCAAUCGUUCCUUAUCGUGCGGCAAAUUCUGGUGAUCGUACAGAGAAUACUAAUCUUCUGAAUGGCGAACAAUCUCAAGGAAAUCCCGCAGAUGACCUCGAGGGCUGGGAUACAGUUAGCAUAGAUAGUAUUACUUUGUAGAUUGCGGUCAGCUUGACACUUUUGUUAUAUAUUCACAUUAUAUAUUCAUUUUCAGAUUUACUUACUAUAGUGGCGGACGAGCGGCGAUGGCGUGUGCCCUCUAUUUAAAUGCUAUUUACAGACCAUAAGUUUAAAAGCUGUAGCAGUUAUAUCAUGGAUGUUCCUUCGGUUAUAUUCUCAUCUUGUGAUUGGAGUUCUGAUAAAAAUGAGAUACAGUAAUACGUGCACAAAUGAUGAGGAUUUUACGGCGUUUCUAUUGGCUUGAUAGACUUUGAUAGGGUAUUAAGCAAAAUCGUAUUAAAUAAUAACCGAAUAAUUUUCAAAUAUAAUAAAUGGUAUAUUUUAGUCUUCUGACACAAUAUAUGUAUUUUUAUCUUAUUAAUUAACUUCAUAGAGACAGUAGAUCCUUUGAAUUGGAUUGAAUUGUACGUAUUACAUGUAGGUUAUAGGUAGAAGCGGCACGGGACGCUCGGUUAUAAGUAUAGUUAUAGGUAGAAGCGGCACGGGACGCUGAAGUGCCACGGGACCAAAAGUCUUAGUCUUAGUCCACAAUAAAUUAACUUAAGAACAACUAGUACUUACCUGUGUACUGAGGGAUGUUGUAAAACAUGGACUGGGGCCCUAGGCUGACUGGACUCGCAAAACAUGGACUCAGUCAGCGCGAUUUGUGAAACAUGGACUCACUGAUACUGCGAUUUGGAAAACGUGAACUGAGUCCUCGUUUUGUAAAACAUGGCUGAGUCCACGUUUUACCACAGAGAGCCCAAGCGUUGAUCUGUGUUAGUGUUGUAUGUUUUUCAGUUUAUUUAUUUUAGUGUCUUUAUAUUGCCUUUUAAUUGAAUCAUAACACUAAGUUACAGUAAUAUGUCAUAUAAUAAUGAUACUCGAUCCUAUAGUCGAACAUUUAAUAACAACAUAUAAGUUGAUUUGUUCAUUUGUAUUUGUAUGUUUUUCAGUUUAUUUAUUUAAGAUCUAUUAUUAGCUAAAAUAAAAGCACCGCCUUUCGAACCUGACAGCCCGUUUUUUAUUUUGCCGCCUCCUAUUUCAAAUCCCGCGCGUCUCCCACGCGCGUAUCCUGUGAACGGGCUGUCAGGUUCGAAAGGCGGUGCUUUUAUUUUAGCUAAUAAUAGAUCUUAAAUAAAUAAACUGAAAAACAUCAGUACAAAUACAAAUCAACUUAUAUGUUGUUAUUAUAUGUUCGGCUAUAGGAGUAUUAUUAUUAUAUGACAUAUUAGUGUAAUUUAGUGUUAUAAUUCAAUUAAAAGGCAAUAUAAAGUCACUAAAAUAAAUAAACUGAAAAACACACAACACUAACACAGAUCAACGCUUAGGCUCCCUGUGGUUUUACGGAAACCAUGUAAACAUUUAAUUCAAAUAAUAUUUUCGAGUUUGGGUCAGUUUUAAUUAAGGCCCGUUUCCCCUUGCAAUUUUUGCUGCGAUUUUAGGUACGAUUUUCUUCUCCUGAUGUAUAUGAAUGAGUGGAUGAGUUAGGAAUGUUUAGUGAGGGAACAUAUCCUCAGAGCAUUCAUAAUUUUAUAUUUACUCGUUCACAUCCAUCAGAAGAAGAAAAUCACACUAGAAAUCGCAGCAAAAAUUGCAAGUGUAAACGGGCCUUUACUAACAGAGUGUUUGCGCGACUGAAUACGCAGCUUCACACCAUAGUUGUUUUUGUUUGUGUUUCGUUGUUUCCCAAUGAGGGCUAAUGAAACAGGAAGUUAGUAACUUUUUAAGGAACUUAUCAAAUUGUUGAGGAAUUGUGCAGAGGCGUUCCUUCAAGUUAGGAAAUGAAUUGGUCAACAUUUUUCGGAACACUUCUAUAUAUUGGCACGACUGUAAAUGUAAAUUGGCGUGAGCCACCUAGAUGAGCUUAUAUCGCUCUUGGGGCGAACACAUAAUUAUGUUUAAAUAAAAAAAAAUUGUAGGCGCUCCAAUUAUACACCCUCACUUGAACUAUUUCUAUAUUUAAAGUUGAUCACUACGAAGUGCUACGACGCUUUUUAAUAAUUUGGUUUAUUCCGGCUUCAUUCAAACUAUUUCUAAUUAAAAUUAAUCACUAUACAACACUUUUAAUUAUAGACUAUAGUUUAAUUUUAUUCCUCAUUCGAUCUAUUUCCUGAUAUUUUCAAAGUUAUUAAAUCAC